UUUAUAAGUGAUCUGUCAUCUUCCGCUGCAACAGGUGAGCGCUGAGGUUUGACUUUCCCAUUUCUCCAGACGUCCUCGCACUUCUCCAAAGUUCUGGACGAGCUUUAAUCAUGGCCACAAACGUCCAAGAAAACAUAUAUGAACAAAUCAACGAGAGGACCGAAAACAUAUAUGAGAAGCCAUAUGAGAAGCCGUAUGAGAAUAUAAACAGUGACACAGAGCCGAAAUAUGAGAAUCAAGACGCGCAUGAGGAACCGAUCUACAGCACUCCAGACUACAUGGAUAUGAGAGAAACAACUGAGGAAGACGCUCAGCUUUCACCCUCCAGUGAACGAGGAGAGCAGCUCGAAAGCGAGAUAAUGGUGGCGUCUCUGCAGAAUGGAGAUGGAUACGGGUCUGGAAGGUCUUCAUCUUUAGAGGGAACUGGAGACCCUUGUGAUGACCAGCCCUCACUGGUCCACGAAGACCUGCUUAUGGCUUACAGUCUCCCAGAAGACACAUCUCCAGAACCUGAGGAGGUAGUUGACUACAGCUUGAAGAACGUGGAGAACAGCGACGUGGAGGAGACCACUGCGGUUACCGACCCUACCCAGCCUGAAAUCGCGCUUUUUGUCAAGGCUGGUUGUGAUGGCGAGAGCAUCGGAAACUGUCCGUUCUCCCAACGCCUCUUCAUGAUCCUCUGGCUCAAAGGUGUGGUCUUCAACGUCACCACUGUCGACCUCAAGAGGAAACCAGCUGAUUUGCACAAUUUGGCUCCAGGCACUCACCCUCCUUUCCUGACCUAUAACGGUGAGGUGAAGACAGACAUUAACAAGAUCGAGGAGUUCCUGGAGGAGGUUUUGGCACCACCAAAGUACCCCAAACUUGCAGCCAGGAACAGGGAGUCAAACACAGCUGGGAAUGACAUAUUUGCAAAGUUCUCAGCUUUCAUAAAAAACACAAAGCCAGAUGCGAAUGAAGCUCUGGAGAAGGGUUUGACAAAGGCACUCAAGAAGCUGGACGACUACCUGAACAGUGCCUUGCCUGAUGAGGUAGAUGCCGACAGCAUGGAGGAGGAGAAGGUCUCCAACCGCAAGUUCCUGGACGGGAACGAUCUGACUCUGGCAGACUGCAACCUGCUGCCAAAGCUCCACAUAGUGAAGGUCGUUGCCAAGAAAUAUCGUAACUAUGACAUUUCCAGCGAUUUGACAGGAGUGUGGCGUUAUCUGAACAGCGCGUAUGCACAAGAAGAGUUCACCAACACUUGUGCCGCAGACAACGAGAUCGAAAUGGCAUAUCAGGAUGUGGCUAAGAGGCUGAAGAAGUAAACGGAUCAACAAAUUUGACUCAACCAGACUUGGGGUAGAUAUUUUCUUUGGGAAAAGAUGAUGUUUUCCAUGUAAUUCAAAACUAUUGAUCCCAAACUACAAGUUAGUAGUUUCUUUCAUCCAGGGCCCUGAUAAUCAAUCAUCCAUUGAAUUAAGGACUGGUGCUCUGAUAUACAGUAAUUAUGAAACACCUCAUUUGCCUGUCUGUGAGAACUGCGACUCAGAUGUGAAUCCAAAAUAUCAGCCCAUACUUACCAGCUCUCAUUUAUCUGUUGCUCAUAUAAAUAUCGUCCUAAGCAACUUUGCUGUUGUCUCUAUUUAAAGAGACUUCACAUUACUUUUUUCUGUUCUUUUUUUCAGCAUAGACAACAGUUCUUCUUGUUUCCUUCUAUUUAUCAUAUCAUGCACUGAUUCUUGAGAUAUGGGACAAAACAUGUUCCACUGCAUCAGAAUGAAUCAAAUAUGAUCACUAAUUGAUCCAAAAUAUUUUUGAUACAUAAACUGCCGCUCAAAAUGUUGAAGUUGGUAAGAUUUAAAAAAAAAAAAAUGUUUUUAUGCUCACCAAGGCUGCAAUUGUUAAUACAGUAAAAGCAGUAAUAUCGUGAAAUAUUAUUACCAUAUAUAAUAACUUUUUUUCUAUUUUAUUAUAUUUUAAAAUGCUGUAAUUGCAGAGCUGAAUUUCUGGCAUCAUUACUCCAGUCUUCAGUGUCACAUGAUCCUUCAGAAAUCAUUCUAAUAGGCUGAUUUGCUGCUCAGGAAACAUUUCUUAUUAUUAUCAAUGUUGAAAACAGUUGUGCUGCUUCAUAUUUUUAAGGAAACUGUGAUACAUUUUUUCUGGAUUGAUGGAUGGAAAGUUCAAAAGGAUUUAUUUGAAAAAGAAAUGCUUUUUAACAAUGUAAAAGUCUUUGCUGUCACUUUUGAUCAAUUUAAUGGUGAAUGAAAGUAUUAAUUUCUCUUUUAAAAAACUUACUAAUCUCAAACUUGUAAAUGUUAGUGUAAACUUUUUUGUGUUUAACCUGCCUUGUCCCAGUACUCAAGGAUCAGAGCAUUACAUAACCUCUCUGAUUUUUUUAUCAGUCAUACGUACAUGACAGUUGAACAAGCUUGCUCACUUUCACUUCUAAUAUUGCAUUCCGUUAUGUUGUUAUUAUUAUUUGUGUAUAAUGCAUGCAAAGAUCUAAUGUGAGCUGCAGGAUAAACUUAAAGCAGAAAAGUUGGUCUGUCCUAAGCAGCUUCUAAAACUAAUCAAAUAUGAUUUCUGGUUUUUGUACGUGUUUCAUAGGUUUUUGUUUUCUGAAUGCGCACUAAAUGAAUGAUUUAAUGAGGAUCUAAUUUAAUAUGUGCCUUCAUUAGAAGAAAUGCAGUGUGGCAAAUACAGCAUAUUAAUGCUGUUAAUGAUCAUUUCUAGCUAAAUAUCCUGCUCUUUUAUUACUUAUUAAAAGCCACUAACAGAGUUUCCGUAAACGGUUUACAAAAAAUUCUCAAUUCUUCACUGCCUCAUGUAAUUUCUUUGUAAAGUACAAGUUGUUCAGACUUUCCUCUGUUAUUUCUCAGAACUCAUAUCAUUUUGUCUUAUCUCAAAGUGUUUAACAUCAAUCAACGCUGGAUAUAUCAUACUUAAAUAUUUAUUCACAACCCCGUUUAUGGGAAAUUAAUGAGCUGAGGUGGAAAGGAGAUUCACGACACACAGCGGUCCACCGAAAUGGAGAAUAAGGAAAUCUGAUCGGGCGUCCGUCCAGGUCUCCUCCUCUCCACUUAACACUGCUGGAAUAUCAUAGGGCCCAUGAUAGGUCCUUGUGGAGCUCCUGCUCUUGUGUGGUUUGGACAAGCGUUUGAUAUGAAAUGAGAGUGUGGCGCCAGAGAGGCCUAUUCCGAAUGAAGCUCUAUGAAUAAAAUAAUAUUUUCACA